UCAGACGUAGAAUAUAUUUUGGCUUACGACCCGUUCUUAAUGGAUGAAGUGACUAGAAAAACAAAAAUGUGGAUGGUGAAAGCGGAUGAAUUGCACGAGCUACCUAAAACUUACUUACAACGAACUACUAAUCUCCAUGGUUACACUCUUAACGUCAGCAUGUUCAGUGAUGUGCCUACAGCUUUUCUUCAGUAUGACAACGCCACAGGCAAGUGGAUCAGCAGAAGAAGGGACGGACGAGUUUUAAAUAUAAUUGCCAAGUACAUGAAUUUUACACCUGUAAUUAUACCACCGAAGCAGAACGAAAAAAUUGGGUACAAAUUGGAAAACGGCACUUUCACUGGCGCGAUGGCGGAUUUGAUCAGUAGACGCACCGAUAUCGCUGUGAACGAGAUAUAUUUAAAAUAUUACGGGACUGACGAAAUUGAGUUCACCAUGCCCGCAAUACGUAAUCAGGAGGUGGUGGUUCUUGUCCCGAAAUCGGCCAGACUUCACAUAUGGAUGGUGAUUUACAAAGCAUUGAGGCGUCUUCACUGGCAGUACGUUCUGGCGUCGUUCUUGUCUUGUGUUGUAGUGUGGUAUCUCUUAAGGAGAGCCGACGCUGGGCGUCACCUGAAGAGACGAUACGAAACAUCUUUCUUUACAAAUAUCCUUGAAAUGUUGGCCAUCUUUAUGAAUAUGCCACUGUCUUUUCUUACCAAAAUCAAGUCUUCGACUCAGAGACUCUUACUUUCUUCAUGCUUAAUUUUCAGUUGGUUUAUUAUGUGCAAUUUUCAGGGAUUAUUACUUGAUGUAGUAACUAACCCUCAUUUUGAUACGGACAUCGAUACGUUACAGCAACUGGACGAGGCAGGACUCUUCAUUUUCACAGAUAAUCCAAACCUUUUGGACACUUUCAACGGAUCAGAAACUAUGGAAAACUUAAGCGGUAAACUGGCUUACCGACAGGAUUCUCUCUUCGUUGUCAGUCGAAUGAAAAAGUACAAGAAUGUGUCACUGCUGUGCAGCAAGAAGAAAGCCACUUGGUUCAUGAGGCAUAAUGGCAACGGAAUGCUUCACAUUGUCGAAGAAGCGCCGAGGGUGUACUUCAUGUCGUACAUGGUGCCCAAGGGCUCGCCUUACCUACCGAGGCUUCACGUCUUGUUCGGUAGAAUCACACAGGCGGGCCUUGUGGAUAAAUGGGACGAUGCCACCAACUACGAAAUGAAAUUGGAAGCUGAGUUCGGUGACAGCGAAGAAUUGGAACUCCCUCAGUGGAGUUUGGGAAUGUCAGAUGUGGCUGUAGAUUUCAUAAUUUGGGCAAUUGGUCUUGUAGCAUGUGUUACUGUUUUUCUGGUUGAACUCUGCUUAUUUGCCACGGAACUGAAGGAAGGAAUGUCACAGGAAGAGAGGACGGGGCAGAUCGAUAAGAGGAUGAAGAAUGGGAACUGA